AUGAGCCACAGUUUGCGUUGCAGGAGGCGCAGGACGCCGCGCCAGGACCAACCGCCACUUCCUACACAACUCAUUAAUAACACUGUGUCUGUGGACGCUCCGCAGGACCAGGCCCUCUCUCAACAUCUGCUCAGACAGAACCAAGAGCUGAAGCUACAGUUGGAGAGGGAACAGCAGAGGAACCAGGCCUCCCAGGAAGAGCUUCUCACACAGAUAGAGAACCUCAAACUGGAUGUAGAGCGAGAUCCAGGCGAGAUUUGGGCCUUCAAAUCUCGCCACCAAGCUCAGUGCGAGCACUGGAUGGAGUAUGUGGAGAAUCAGCACAAGAAAGAGCUGGAAGCCAAAGACAAUGUCAUCAGGAGUUUAGAGGAUAGGGCUGAAGAUGCUUUUCGUGACCAGGUGCAGGAGGUCAAGCAAGCUGUGGAGGACGAGAUACGCGAUCUGUCUGAAAGAAACGCCAGGCUCGAAACUAUACUGGACCGUAAAGAUAAGAGAGCACAGAGACUCCUGGAUGCAAUCUCUGAGACGUCCCGACAGAAGGCCGCUCUGAGGAACCAGAUCACAGCUCUGCAACAGGAGCUGCAGCAGGAGCAGCAGGAGAAGGAGUCACUGAGGAGUCAGGUGACCCAACUCCAGUCAGAUCUGAGUGAGAGAGACCAAGCCACAGUCACAGCCCAGAGACAUGUGGAGCAGUUACAGACAGAGACGCAGAAGCUCUCAACAACACUGGACUCUGUCACGUCUGCCCUGAACCAAGAGAAGUGUCCCACCAGUGAAGCUGAGCGCAAACUGCAGGAGAAGGAGAGAGAGACGCACGAGCUGAAGAUACAAGUGUCCGCCCUAAGAUCUGCCCUGGACCAGGAGAAGCAGGCCACCGGAGAGGCCCAGACCUCCCAGACUGCUCUGCUGCAGCUGGUAGAGGAGCUCAAAGAGACGCUUCAGACUGAACAGGAGCAGACACGGGCCUUCAAAGCACAGUGUGAGAAUGUCCAGAAUGAGCACAACAAGAAGCUGGAGAACAAAGAGUGUGCGAUCAAUCAUCUGAAACAACAGAAGGCUUCUGCUUUUGCUGCACAAGUGGAGGAAGCCAGGGAAGCUGUGUGGGCGGAGAUCGCAGACCUGAAAGUCGCCAACUUUGACCUAGAGGAAAAGGUGAUGAAAAGAGACAAUCGAGCCCAGGCCCUCCAGGAUACCCAGAGAGACAUCAAGGAAGUCCUCAAGAAGAAGCUUCAGCAGCUCCACCGAGAUCAGCUGUGUUCAGAGAAACAGAGCCGGCUGAUCCUGGAGCAGCAGGUACAGAAGCUGUCUGAGGACCUGACCUCCUCUCAGGACUACAACACUGCUCUGGAGCUCCAGGUUCAUGAGCUCCAGGACAAAGUCAAUGGGCUGCACAAGAAGAAGAAGAGGAGGAAGAGUUGGUGGUGUUUCUAA